AUGGAAACAAACAAGUCCUCCGGAAGUCAACGACCUGCUGAAAAUUCGGACCAGAGUCCUUCAGAAGUUGAUCACAGAUUGUUGCAGGAACCUUUGACGCCUGAGGAGUUGCAAGCAAUAGAGAACGGCGCUCUUCCCGAAACCUACGAAGAGCUAGUCGCCCUUUCAAGCCAGUUCCCGAAUAUCCAUGAGAUGUUUAAUCGAAUAGUCAUAGAUGACAACCGUGGCUACGAGAACAUUAGUGUUUCAUCCAUGUCAACUGCCUCUGCCUCCCACCAGGCUGUUGUCGCGCCUGAGGCCCUCGGUCCGGCUACACUGGGUCAUCUUUCGCAAUCAGUCGCCUCUCCUGCUGGUCAUUCUAUCGCUCAAAGCAGUACCAGUAAUCAAGCCCCUUGCAGAGUUCAGGCUGGCCCUCCUAUCGUUUCGCAGGAGACAUGCAAUGGAUAUUAUGGCAGGGGCGGCUGUAUGGCCCUCGUCUAG